AAAUUGCAUGUUGGGUAAUUCUAAACGGGCUUUCAAAAGGAGCAGGCCUAUAUUCCUAAAUGGAUUAACCUCAGUUACGGAACUCCAAUUCAACGCUGCUUCACAUGGCUUCUUCUUCCGUUUAUCGCCGGCUUCACGGACUCUUCACCGGGAAACGCAAAGUCAGUGUAAAUCUGAAAACUGAACAGCCCCAAACAACUUCCACCAAACCCACAUCCAAACUUUCUGAAAAACAUAAACUUCAAAGCAUUAUUGACAACUUCAAAAAAUCAUCUGAAUCUCCUGAAUUCCGAAACCGUUGCGCCAACUAUACAGCCGCUAUACGCCGCCUUGAAUUCAAUUCUUCUGCUAUCGAAGACAUUUUUGAACACCAAAAACAAUACCCGGAAAUUAGCAAUGAGUUCUUUGUCUGCCGUCUCAUACUUUUAUAUGGUACGGUAAAAAUGCAUGAACAUGCCCGUAAAUUGUUCGACGAAAUGCCAAACUUAAAAUGUCAACGAACAGUCUUUUCUUUCAAUGCCCUUUUGGAGGCCUACUCAAGGGCUGAGAAGUACGAUAUAAUCAGCGAUUUGUUUCGUGAAUUACCUGAGGAGCUAUCCAUAGAGCCUGAUGUAGUGUCCUAUAAUACUUUGAUUAAGGCAUUAUGGAAAGCUGGUUCUUUGGAUUCUGCUCCCAGUGUAAUGGAUGAGAUGGAAAAACACGGAAUCAUACCUGAUUUAGUGACUUUCAAUACGCUUUCAAACGCGUAUUAUAAAAGUAAAAGGUUUUCUGAAGCAGAAGAUUUGUGGGUAUUGAUGCAAAAGAAGAAUGUUGAUGCUGACUUGGGGAGUUACACCAUUAGAUUACAAGGAUUGGUUGCGAAUAACCAGGUUAACGAGGCGAUUGAACUGUUUGAGGAGAUGGGGAAGAAAGACAUCAUCCCAAAAGCUUUCAGUUAUAACAUUAUGAUCAAAAUGUAUGUGGAUGAUAGGAACUGGGAGGAGGCAGAAAGAUGGUAUGUGAAAAUGGUGGAAAAUGGAUGUUAUCCGGAUUAUGCAACAUUUGAGAAGCUCAUUUCUUUUGCUUGUGACAAGGAUAAUCUUGAUUUUGCGCUUGAAUUGUGUAAGAAAGCUAUUGCUUCAAAAGUUGCUAUUCAUAAUGCAACAAUGCAGAGGGUAGUCAAUGUCUUGGCUGAGCAUUCCAAGCUUGAAGAUGCGCAGGAGCUGGUGAACUUGGCCAAAUCAUGUAAGCUAUACCACUGCCGACCCCGAUCGCGGUAUAAACUUUCGCUGCCUUCUUCUUUAAUAGUUGCACAUUUUAUGCUGUAGUUUACUUGCACUACUGUUUCUGCUGAACUAUGUUUUUAGGAUUUGUUGGUGAGUUUUAUGAAUUACCCUUCAAGAUUGAAGAAUAAAAGGCUUGAGGAAUGCUAAUGAAUAUGUUGCUUAAAAGAAAUUUAGUUCCUGUUUACAUAUUAGCUACCAAAUUUCUAGUAUAUCAUAAUGAAUUUUGUAGUCUAAUGAAAUUAGGCUAUUUAAAGAAUCUCAUUCUGGACUUCA